AUGCAAUCUUCCUAAGAGAAACUGCCUUAUUUAUAAAUAAAUAAUCGAAGGUCUUGUUCUAUGGCCAAUUCAAAUCCUGCAAUCAAGAAGUUAAAAGAUACCUUGAUUGUUGAGAAUCAAUCUAGUAGAAGCUAUUUAAACAGGAAAUAAGGAGACAUAUUAGAUUCAAUCUUAGAAGACGCAAAUUUGAUCAUAAACAAUAAAUUACUCGAAUAAAAUGUCUAUAAAUUAAAAGAAUUAGGUGUAUUGAAAUAAUACGACCCCACGGUAGCUGUUUAAUAAGGAUUUAAAAAAAGCAAUUAUGUUUUGAAUGAUUAUCAUAGCAAAAGCACUACUAAUGGAUAUUCUAGGAAUUAUGGAGGUCUAUUCUACAAUAGAUGA